AUGACACGUUUAAAGGCUUCCUCUGCAAAGCGCCACCGUCACCGUGCAAAGACCGCAAAGGACCCCAUCACUGCCGUUGCUGAUUCAGUCGCCCAUAGAGCCGAGGAAGCAAAGGACCAUGGGAGCUCCAUAUUCCAGCUGGUCAUCUGUGUUGGUGGCAUCUAUGCUUCAUUCUUGACCUGGGCCCUCUUGCAGGAGAGGAUAACCACCACUCCCUAUGGCGCAGACAAGAAGAUCUUUCGCGCGUCGCUCGUCCUCAAUACCGUCCAAUCGAUCUUCGCGGCGUUUACCGGAUACAUAUAUUUCCGCUACUCCAACGCUGGUUCCACCACUGCGCGAGUGUUCCCCAAUCUCUCAAUCUCACUUAGGCUUCUCCUCGUAUCCGUAACCCAAUCGCUCGCCUCGCCCUUUGGCUAUGCGUCGCUCAGACACAUCGACUACAUCACCUAUAUCCUUGCAAAGUCAUGCAAGCUCCUCCCCGUCAUGUUCCUGCACGUCACCCUCUUCAGGCGCAAGUAUCCGCUCUACAAGUACGUUGUCGUCAUGCUUGUCACUGCCGGUGUUGCCGUCUUUACCCUGUACCCCAGCAGCCCCAAGAAGAUGAAGAAGUCCUCUACCUCCGAGUCGGAGAAGAACGUCCUCUGGGGAAUGUUCUUGCUUGGUGUCAACCUUCUCUUUGAUGGUCUCACAAACACCAUCCAGGAUGACAUCUUUGCGCGCACUCCUAAGGGUGUCGUGAGUGGGCCGCAGAUGAUGACUGCGCUCAACACGCUUUCAUCCGUCAUGACCCUCAGCUACCUUGCGCUGAACCCGUGGAGCAAUGAGUUGGCCGACGCACUCGCAUUCGUCCAGGAGCAUCCUAAGAUUGUCAUGGAUAUCCUUGGAUUCGCUAUCUGCGGUGGUCUCGGCCAGGUGUUCAUCUUCCACACUCUCUCCAAGUUCGGCUCUCUUGUCCUCGUGACUGUCACCGUUACCCGAAAGAUGCUGUCAAUGAUCUUCUCCGUGUUUGCGUUUGGACAUAGUCUCUCCAGUAUGCAAUGGCUCGGUGUUGGUCUCGUCUUUGGCGGUGUUGGCGCGGAGGCGGAGAUGAAGAGGCAGAGCGAGGUUGCCAAGAAGAAGGCAAAGUUGGAGAAUGAACACGCAAAGAAGCAGUAG